AUGCAAAUUAUUUCAAAUUUAUUAAUAACAAAAACUUCAUAUAAUAUUCCAAAUGAAUUUUAUGAUUUAAUUAUUAAAAAAUUACUUGAUUCUAAUAUACAAUCUAAUCAACAUUCAUGGAUUAAUUGUAUGAAACAAAUAAUAACAAUUUUAUUUCUUAGAGAACCUAUUCAAAUAUCAGCAAAUGAUUUAAUAAUGAAAUUUCUUCAUUCAUUAGCUGAUCAAAUUCAAUGGCCAUUGUAUAAUAUUGAUUAUCAAUCAAAAUUAAAUGAUACAUCAUGGAAAAUAAUAUUCAUUCGAAUGUUAGCAUUAAUAAAUACUUUAUUAACUCAACGAAUACAAAAACACGAAUGUAAUAAUUUAUCAUCAAUAAAAAAAAUUCAUAAACAAAAAAAUACUUUUAUUACAAAUGAUGAUGAUGAUAAUGAAACUAAUAAUGAAAAUUCUUUUAUAUCAUCAUCAUCAUCAGCAGCAGCAGCAGCAUCACCAAUAACAUCAACAGUAUCACGACAAUUAUUUGAUAACGAAGAUGAAGAUACAAUAGAUAGUCCAGAAGAUCAUCUUACAUUUAUUCAACCACAACAGUCGGAUCUUAGCCAUCUUGAAAAUGAAUUACUUCAAUUAAAUUCGUUUUUUUAUUCAAUUGAAAAAUGGAUUGAAACAUUCAUUUAUGAGGAUCAUUCAUUAUAUGAUGAAAAUCUUGUUUUAACAAGCAUUCUAACUUGUACUCGUAUGAUGUAUGUUUCAACAAUUCUAUGUUCAAAAUAUGUCGAUCGAAUCUUUGAACUUUCUAAAAUAUGUACAUAUUCAUCUGUACGUUCUGCUUUAAUUGUUUCUCUUGGUGAUCUUCUUCUUCGACAUCCAAAUAUACUUGAACCAUUUACACCACAAUUUUAUGCACAAAUUCAUGAUAAAGAUUUAAAUGUUGGUGAAACAGCAUUAUGUACUAUUGCAAUACUUAUUUUACGAGAAAUGAUUAAAGUACGUGGUUAUAUUAGUGAAAUAGCAUUAUGCUUAUUUCAUUCUCAUACACCAAUAUCAAGUAUAGCUCAACAUUUUUUUGAUGAAUUAUCUUUACGUCAACGUGGUAUGGCUUUAUUUAAUGUUUUACCUGAUAUUAUAUCACGUUUAUCAAUGAAUAAUAUAUGUACACUUGAUUUAUUUCAUCAAAUUAUUUCCUAUCUUUUUUCAUUUAUAAAAAAUGAUCGUCAUUGUGAAAUAUUGGUUAAACGUCUUUGUAGACAAUUUAAACAAGCAAGUGGUGAUGAUCGAAAACGUGCAAAUAUUGCAUUUUGUCUUAGUAAACUUAAUAUAAAAACAUUAGCAUCAUAUCGUAUAUUAAAAGAAAAUUUUCCACAUAUUAUGGAAAAAAAUGAACAAAAUGAAGAUGAUUAUGAUAAAGAAGAACAUUUAGCAUGGAAAAAAUAUCUUAUGCCUGUUCUUAAUGAUAUUGAACGACGUUUAAAACCAACAGAACUGAAUUCAUCAAAAUCUUUAUCAUCUUCAACAACACCGAAACGAAAAGUUAGUCGCUUAUCUUAA